CCAGAUCAGGUAGUGACGAAUGAAGUGAGCUAGAAGUUGAAACGAGUUGAGAUCUAAAAAUGACCUGACGUCAUUAGACUAAACACGUGACGUAAUCAGACGGUUUUAGGGAUCUCUUCUUUCUUCCUUCUUCCUUCUUCUACAUAUAAUAAUCUGCAGUAAAAUGAAGGAGAAUGUCAGCGAAGCACUGCGAAGCGAGCUGUCCCGGAGGAUGAUGUACAUGGAUGGUGGUAUGGGAACCAUGAUACAAGAACUCGACCUCAAGGAGGCUGACUACCGAGGAGAACAGUUCUCCGAGCACCCGUGUCCGCUGAUUGGUAAUAACGACCUCCUCUCAAUUACACAACCUUAUCAGAUCAAGAAGAUUCACAAAGACUAUCUACUGACUGGAGGAGCAGACUUCAUUUCUACCAACACUUUUAACUCAACAAGCAUUGCAAUGGCUGAUUACCAGAUGGAAAACUUGGUGUACCAGCUGAACAUGGCUGCAGCGAAGGUAGCAGUAGAAGCAGCCCAGGAAGUGACGUGUGAGACAGGAGUAGUGAGAUAUGUUAUCGGAGUCCUGGGUCCCACUAACAAGACUCUGUCUUUAUCUCCGAGUGUGGAGGACCCUGCUUUUAGGAAUACCACGUUUGACGAGCUGGUAACAGCGUACACGGAACAAGCCACAGCACUACUCGACGGAGGCGUGGAUAUUCUCAUGGUUGAGACCAUAUUUGAUACUCUCAACGCUAAGGCCGCACUUUUUGCCAUCAGUCAGCUGUUGGAGACGGACAAAUAUACACAUUUGGAUGUUCCUAUUUUUAUUUCUGGAACUGUAGUAGAUCUAAGUGGACGGACCUUGUCCGGACAAACAGUUGAGGCUAUGGUAACGUCCCUAAUGCACUUCAAACCUCUGUGUAUGGGGCUCAACUGUGCUCUGGGUGCUACUGAAAUGAGACAAUUCAUUAGAGAACUAGGUGAGUUUUGUGAUACGUAUGUGAGUUGUUAUCCGAACGCUGGACUACCUAACGCUUUUGGAGGAUACGAUGAUUCUCCAGAGGAGAUGGCUGAGAUUCUACAGGAGUGGUCGGACUCAGGACUAGUGAACAUACUGGGGGGUUGUUGUGGUACCACACCGCAACAUAUCAGAGCUAUUGUAGAAGCAACUAAACAUGCUCCUCCCCGCUUACCGCACUCUAAACUGGACACCUUCAAACUCACUCUAUCUGGUCUUGAACCCAUGUUGGCGUUUGAAGAGAGCAACUUUAUCAACAUUGGGGAGAGGUGCAAUGUGGCCGGUUCAACUGUAUUCAAGAAACAUAUAAUGAACGAUGAUUUUGCAGCAGCACUAGAGAUAGCCAGGAGACAGAUUACAGAAGGUGCACAGAUCCUGGAUCUUAACUUUGACGACGGAAUGAUUGACGGGGAGAAAGCCAUGGCUCAUUUUGUGAACCUGAUUACGUGUGAACCUGACGUUUCUAGAGUCCCACUCUGCAUCGAUUCCUCGGACUUUCAGGUAAUAGAGGCGGGGCUGAAGUGCACUCAAGGGAAGUGUAUUGUUAACAGUAUCAGCUUGAAGGAGGGUAGGGAGGAGUUCCUUGCCAAGGCAGCUAUUGUUAAAAGAUAUGGUGCUGCUGUGGUUGUAAUGGCUUUCGAUAAGCAGGGCCAGGCGGACACGUUUAAACGGAAGAUAGAGAUCUGUAAACGGUCCUAUGAUCUGUUGGUGCAUGAGGGUGGGUACAACCCUACAGACAUUAUAUUCGACCCUAACCUGCUAACUAUUGGAACCGGGCUGGUGGAGCAUGCCGAGUAUGGCCGGGACUUCAUCAGGGCCACUGAGUGGAUCAAGAAAAACCUGCCCGGUGCCCAUGUGUCUGGUGGACUUUCAAAUCUUUCCUUUGCUUUCCGGGGAAACAGAAUUAUCCGAGAAGCGAUGCAUUCUGUCUUUCUGUCUUAUGCUACUCAGUUUGGUCUGGAUAUGGGGAUAGUUCACGCUGGGAAUCUCCCUCUUCUCAAAGAUAUUGACUCUACUCUCAAACAACUGUGCGAUGAUCUCAUAUGGAACCGAAACGGCGAGGAAGUCACCGACCUCAUGCUGCUCUACGCAGAGAAAGUUAAAGGUAGUGGGGGAAAGAAGAAGAUGACAGACGAUGAUUGGUUCAAGAAACCGCUCGACGCGCGACUAUCUGAUGCCAUAGUAAAUGGAAUCGACAAACAUAUAGUGACGGAUGUUAAAGAACUACAGUUAACGACAGACAUAGAACCUUUACAGAUUAUUGAGGGUCCCCUGCUAGAUGCUAUGGGGAUUGUGGGAGAUCUCUUCGGAUCCGGGAAGAUGUUCCUUCCUCAGGUGAUAAAAAGCGCGAGAGUAAUGAAGAAAGCUGUUGCCUACCUCACUCCUUUUAUUGAGGCAUCAAAAGUUGAAGGACAGAAUUACAAAGGUACGAUAGUGCUAGCCACAGUGAAGGGCGAUGUCCACGAUAUUGGUAAAAACAUUGUUGGUGUAGUGCUGGGAUGCAACAACUACAGGGUUAUUGAUUUGGGGGUGAUGUGUCCUUUAGAGAGGAUACUGUCGACAGCAGACAAGGAGAAGGCAGACAUUAUUGGAGUGUCGGGUCUGAUAACUCCAUCUCUAAGGGAGAUGGUGAACAUAGCAACUGAGAUGAACAACAGGGGGAUGACUACACCUCUACUUAUUGGGGGAGCAACUACCAGCAGGAAGCACACCGCGGUAAAGAUCUGGCCAUCUUACCCCGACUUGUGUAUCUACGUCCCGGAUGCGUCCCGGGCCGUUAACGUGGCCACGUCCCUCGUUAACAAGGACCCGAAGUAUAUGGGGGACAUUAGGAAGCUGUAUGAGAAGGUGCAGCUGGAUCACACCAAGGUUCUUCAGAAGAAACAAAUAACCCCUCUACUAGACUGCAGAAAGAAGAGAUUCCAAUGCACCAUGCCCACCCCUCCGACUCCAAACGAAUUAGGGGUCCAAGUAUUUGAUAGUUACGAUCUGAACGAAGUCGUUGAGCUGAUCGAUUGGAAGCCGUUUUUCGAUGUGUGGCAACUUCGUGGUCGUUACCCCAAUCGGUCUUAUCCCAAACUAUUCGAUGAUAAGACAGUAGGAGCUGAAGCAAAGAAGCUGUUUGGUGAUGCUCAGGAAAUGCUUGCGGAGUUGAUGACGUCACUGGAAGGGAAGGCUGUGAUUGGUCUGUUUCCAGCUCACUCCCAGGAAGAUGACGUGAUUAUUCAGCACGGGGGACGGGAUUUAACCUGUUACAUGCUCAGACAGCAGAUAAAGUCAGGGAAAGAGGACGUGUACCUGAACACAUCUGAUUUCAUUGGUCCACCUGGGUCACAUGAUCACAUGGGCAUGUUCUGCUGUUCUAUUUUUGGCUCUGUUGCCAUGGCAGCUAAGUAUGAAGAUGCGGGUGAUGAUUACAAUAGUCUCAUGGUUAAGUCUCUGGCUGAUAGAUUGGUUGAAGCAUUAGCUGAGCAUCUCCACGUGAAAGUUCGCACAGACCACUGGGGAUACGAUAACAACGAGGACCUGGACAUCGCCGACCUUCAUUCUGUGAAAUACCAGGGCACAAGGCCAGCCCCCGGUUAUCCGUCCCUACCUGACCACGCCCUUAAAGACGUGCUCUGGGACCUUCUCAGCGUGUCCGGCUCCAUUGGAACUGAGCUGACUGACUCGUACGCGAUGUCACCCCCUGCUAGUGUGUGUGGACUGUAUAUUGCACACCCGGACUCCUUUUAUUUCAACCUGGGACUUGUAGGACGGGAUCAGGUGGAGGAUUACGCCCAAAGACAGAAUGUUAGUGCGAGUAGUGUUGAGAUAUCACUAGAUACUGUGUUAGGAUACGAGCCUGCCAAGAGAUGAUCAUUCUCAAAGCUCAGCAUACUGCAGACUUUGGUUUUUGGACUAAACAAAGUUACUUUUAUUGUACCAUAUAUUAUUUAGUGUAUAAAGCUGCUUUUGUAUGGAUUUUAUUUUCUUAAUCAAACCAUUCAUACCUGUUUGUUGGAAAUGUGCCAAGUUUAUAAUAGUUGGAUCGUGGCCAAACAUUCUCUUGGUUCCACCAUGCUUGUCUGUAUUUUUGCGAGGUUUAUAUUAACUAGCUGUGUAUGUACUAAUCUCUGAAAUGUUCAUAUCAAUGUAAGUGGCACAAUUUAUUUAGAUCAUGGGGAAUUAUUAUUUUGGUGCAACUUAAGUUCUUUUAUGUAAUACGAUGGUGAAUGUCAUCAUUAUUUUUUUAUAACUUAUUGGUUCUUUUUAUGUUUGGGAGUUCGUUUGUUGUUACUUUAAUUUAUUUCCUAAUUUUAUAUACAUAAUUCAUAUUUGAUACGAUAAUGUAGAUAACCGUUUCCUGUUUGCUCAUUGCUCCACCGUCACAUCAUACCCAUAGUACAUGAAAAAUGAACAUUUGGUAUUUUAAUUUUAAUUUGUAAUUUCCUAGUUAUUAUGUUUUUACCUGAAACGUUGUAUCCUUUGUUGUCUAAAAUAUUAUAUUAUUUGAUAGUAACCUCUUCUUAAUGUGGGCGCAUUAGAUUUUUCACUUAAACCAUUCCAGCUUACAGAUCAGAAUUUUCUACCAUAUAAUGUUAAAUUUGUAAAAGUAUAGACAUAGUUGCUGUUAGUAACUAGGUAACUGUACUGUUAGUAUAGGGAGACAGAUGAAUAAUGUAUGGAUUAAUUUGG